AUGCGGAUUUAUAACCAAUGGAUAGACUUUGUUAAUUUGAGAUGUGAAGAGUAUACAGAGAAUACUCGUAUCCCUACAAUGAAAUUUGGCACCGCAAAGGAGGAUGCUUACAGGAGAGACUUAACCAUAAAUAGCUUGUUCUAUAACCUUAACACUGGUUCAGUAGAAGAUCUUACAGAAAUAGGUGCUAGAUUUGGUUUUACACUGGAUGAACAAGUGAAACAAGCUGCUUCAAGUGAGGAAGUGAGGAUAGCUCUUGGAGAAAAAAAUAGCAGAGAGCGGAUCGGCAAUGAAACUGGAAAUGGACCAGCUUCAGCAGUAACACAUCUUGCUGACCUGAAGCUGUUUGGGGUUGUCUUUGCCUUACCAUCUUCAUCCGAGCCUGCACCAUCAGAGAAUUUUAGCAGAUUCAUCUCACUUAUACUCAUAACACUCGGGAACUUAGCAAACCUGGGUGAAGAAAGAAGGCUUGCUUUGUAUGCUGCACUGUUUCUUCCCUUUAGGAAAACCGUUUACAAACACAAUAAAGGCAAACAAAUCCCUCUUGUCAACCACAUAUUCAAAUUCUCCAUGAAGCGGAAGACCAGUGAAGCUGAAACGGUUAUCAAUAUACAUCGUACCACGGAGAGAUUCCUGACGUUGAUUGCUUCCCUUCAGUUGAAGAAUGACGUACAACUGGACAAGCUUGAUUGGGCCAUUAAUAUUCUUGAGCACUGGGAGUCUAUCUCCCUUGGUGAUCCAGAGCUUCCAGCAACAUCGAAAAUAAGAGUACUCACAAGGUUUCUUCUUAGAGAUAUCAAAAACUUCUGGCGUGUUACACUUUUAACAUCUCUGUUGAUGAGUACGGUUGACGGCAUGAAGGAAGAUCAAGAAAGUUGUGGGCAUUUGGAUUUCCAACUGGACAAGUUGCGAAAAACCUAUCUAACAAUCGAGGAAACCAUUCGUGAACUAGGUCUAGAUGACAUCUGGGAUGUAAAGCCUCUGGUGAAUGGCAGGGAAAUCAUGCUAAUUGCAGAGCUUAGCGGAGGAUCAUCUCUCAUCCGUGAAUGGCAACAGAAACUUCUCAUAUGGCAGCUAGCUUAUCCCAAUGGCUCCGCUGAGGCAUGCAAAGGUUGGAUGAGAGAAAUACAAGCAAAACGACAACGGACAGAGUGA